GUGGCAGUGAAAGUAAUUGAUAAGAAAAGAGCCAAAAAGGACACCUAUGUCACCAAGAAUCUGCGACGGGAAGGGCAGAUCCAGCAAAUGAUCCGCCACCCGAACAUCGCUCAGCUGCUGGAUAUACUGGAAACUGAAAACAGCUACUACCUUGUCAUGGAGCUGUGUCCAGGUGGCAACCUAAUGCACAAGAUCUAUGAGAAAAAAAGACUUGAAGAACAUGAAGCACGCAAAUAUAUCCGGCAGCUUAUCCUGGCAGUUGAACAUCUUCACCGGGCAGGAGUAGUUCACAGAGACUUGAAGAUAGAAAAUCUGUUGCUAGAUGAAGACAACAAUAUCAAGCUUAUUGACUUUGGAUUGAGCAACUGUGCAGGCAUCUUGGGUUAUUCUGAUCCAUUCAGCACCCAGUGUGGGAGCCCAGCAUAUGCAGCCCCUGAACUUCUGGCAAGAAAAAAAUACGGGCCCAAAAUAGAUGUUUGGUCCAUUGGGGUGAACAUGUACGCAAUGCUAACUGGAACAUUACCUUUUACUGUGGAGCCGUUCAGCUUGAGAGCUUUGUACCAGAAAAUGGUGGACAAAGAAAUGAACCCUUUUCCCACCCAACUCUCUACAGCGGCUGUAAACUUUCUACGAUCUCUGCUAGAGCCAGAUCCUGCAAAGAGACCAAACAUCCAGCAGGCACUUGCAAAUCGAUGGCUUCAUGAGAAUUACCCUGGAAGACCACCACCUAAUAUCACAUACCCAAACAGGAUUCACCUUGAGGACCUCAGCCAAAGCGUGCUGCUCCAUAUGACCGAGAAGCUUGGCUACAAGAACAGCGAUGUCAUCAACACCGUGCUCUCAAACAGGGCAAGUCACACGCUUGCCAUCUACUUUCUACUUAAUAAGAAGCUGGAGCGCUACUUGGCAAGCCUUAGGAAGUCUGAAGGCCAGGACAAUAUUUGCCACAAGAACCAACUGCACCAGAUAGAAAAAUACAAGGCAAAUAAAGACUCCUAUGAG